AUGGCUAAUGUACGGACUUACCGACCCAGCGUGCGUGUUGGGAACUGGAACGAAGAUGUUAUUUUGGAAGAGGACACCCUAAAAGACUUCCUGCACCGGAGAGAGAGAGGCGAGCUUACGGUUCAACGAAACGGCUGUCUCAAACAAGGACUACUGAAAUCGGUGAAUUUGUCCGUGGCAAGAGAUGGUUUUCUACAUUUUGGGGACGUAGUGAUGUUGGUGAACCCUAAGGGGGUGGACCCUCACACCCGAGACGCCUGUGCCCUGAGCAUCAUUGCAGACAUUAACAGUAUUCAUCAGCACCCUGACCCAGACUCCGCCCCCUGUCUACAAGGGCCCUGCCAGGUGGGCGGGGCGAGAAGUCUGGAUCCAUGUGCUAGAAAUGCAUUCAUUAUCAGCAGUGUGGAUGGAAGUCCAGAGGGAGAGAUGGUGAAAUAUGAGCAAUGCUUUGCCUUGAGGACCACUGCAGAUUUUACUGGGCAGCUGUUCCUGGCCUCUGACAUCACCACCUUCCAGAAAUGCGCACUGAAGUCCCGCCUACAGGAAGUGAGCUUGGUGAAACAGCUGGACUUCCUGUGCUGGUGGAGAGCCGUUUGCCGUGAUCCUCAUGAACGAUUAGAACAGCAGGGAUUCCCUGUGCAGGUAAAUAGUAAAGUGUUGAUCUCUCACUGUAAGACCAACCAGUGUCUAGCUGCUCUGCACAAUCACACAAUCUGGUCCGUAUUUGGUAGAGACUAUGAAAUCACUGCGCACACAUUCCUGGACUCCCACAAGGCCGAGCAGGAUGUUAACCACUGGCUGUUUGUGACCUCUGACCCCAGCAACCAGGAACAGAGCCUUUUCACCCGACAACAGGAGACACUCACAUCAGACGGGAAACAAGACAGUCAAGAAGAUUGA